AUGGAGCUCGUAGUUUUUCUCACUUUUCUGUUACUGAUGAUAAUAUAUUGUCGUUCUCAGCAAUGCGUUUCCACCAAUUUUAAACUUGUGUUUAAGAACACUAUUGGAACCACUGAUUAUAAACCUUUGUUGGUUAUACAGGAUAAUACCUAUGGAAUAACUUUUCAUAAAUGUCUGCAUCACUGUUCACAAAGCAAACAGUGCAUCGGGUUUUUCCUUUGUAAAGCGAACGAAAAUUUAUUCGUAUGUCAGACUUGUUGUCAAUGGAAGAAAAUUAAAGGAUAUAAACUAGGAGAUUCUCCUGGUUGUAAAUACAUAGAAAAGGAUGUUGCACUAGAAACAAACUUGGCAUAUAACAAAACAGCAGUACUGAGCUCCGAAUACAAUGAGAAUCACAAAGCAUCACACGCUAUUGACGGGAUAAAGAUAUGUCCUAACAGCAUGCUGCUAGCUGGUGCGAAAUAUUCUGUACAGCCCUGGCUCAUGAUUGAUUUGGAAGACACAUUCUAUAUACAGAAGAUUGUUGUCUAUGGCAGGACUGACGGUCAUGCUUUUCAAUUAGAUGCAAUUCGUGUAGCUGUAAUGGGUAGGCAUGUCAACUACACUUGUGGAGGGGAAUACCCUGGCCCUUCCUUCGUGAAUGAUGUCAUACUCUUUAUGUGUCCAUCGGAACUUUGGGGAAACAAGGUGAUUAUAACAAAAACGACCACGGGUUAUUUUUCUUUGUGCGAAGUCGAAGUUUACGGAUAA